GGAAGUGCGGUCGGAUGUCCGAAGGCCGGAGCUUAGGGUUUUCAGGUGAAACUUGAGGCCCCUUAGCGCCCGUGGGCGCGGGCGAGAGCCGGGGAUCCGGUCUCAGCGGACGAGUGCAGGCCGGGCCUCCCGGCACUGCCGCCCUUCCCGAGCAGCUCCAGCAGUUGAGGGUCGGCGCUGUCCUGGGCUCAUCUAGCUUCUCCCUCGGUUGUCCGCACCCUUCGGGGCCCGCCAUCACGAAACCUGACAGCUCAAGUCGGAAUGGACGAGGAGAGCCUGGAAAACGCCCUGCAGACCUACCGGGCCCAGCUUCAGCAGGUGGAACAGGCGCUAGGUGCCGAUCUGGAUGCAUCGGAGCAGGCGGACCUCCACCAGCUGCAGGGCGACCUGAAGGAACUGAUCGAACUCACCGAGGCGAGCCUGGUGUCGAUCAGAAAGAGCAAACUACUGGCUACGCUGGACCAGCAGCAGCCUACACAGGAGGAUGCAGAGUACCUGGCUUUCCAGAAGGCCAUUGCGGAAGAGGUGGAGGCGCCUGCCACCCCGGAGACUAUUCCUGGGAGAGAGUUGCGGCCCGGACCCACUUCCCCUGCACUGGAGGAGGAAGACGGGGAGGAUCGCGACCUGGAGGAGCUGAGUGGUACCAAGGUGAACGCCCCCUACUACAGCUCAUGGGGCACGCUGGAGUAUCACAACGCCAUGGUUGUGGGCGCCGAAGAGGCUGAGGAUGGCUCGGCCUGCGUCCGUGUACUAUAUCUGUAUCCCACUCACAAGUCCUUGAAGCCCUGCCCGUUCUUCCUGGAGGGAAAAUGCCGCUUCAAGGACAACUGCAGGUUCUCCCAUGGGCAGGUAGUCUCUGUGGAUGAGCUGCGCCCCUUCCAAGACCCAGACUUGAGCUUGCUGCAGGUCGGCUCUGCAUGUCUGGCAAAGCACCAGGAUGGCCUGUGGUACCCAGCACGAAUCACUGAUGUAGACAAUGGCUACUACACAGUUAAGUUUGACUCACUGCUGCUGAAGGAGGCUGUGGUAGAAGGGGACAGCAUCCUGCCCCCGCUGCGCACAGAGGCCACAGAGUCAUCUGACUCAGACAGUGGAGAUACAGGUGACUCCAGCUAUGCCAGAGUGGUGGAAUCCAGCACAGCGGACACUGGGACCUGCAGUUCUGCUUUUGCUGGCUGGGAGGUGCACACACGAGGCAUUGGCUCCAAACUCCUUGCCAAAAUGGGCUAUGAGUUUGGCAAGGGUCUGGGCCGACAUGCAGAAGGCCGUGUGGAGCCCAUCCAUGCCGUAGUAUUGCCUCGAGGAAAGUCACUGGACCAGUGUGCUGAAAUACUACAGAAGAGGACUAAGGGGGGAAGGACUGGCACCAACAGGCCACCAAGGUGCCGGGCAAGUAGGGGUGGCCGUCCACUCCCUCGGAAUGUGUUUGACUUCCUGAAUGAAAAACUGCAGAGCCAGGCUCCUGGGUUCCCAGACACAGGGGCAGAUGCCCCAGGGAAAAAGAACAAGGACAUGUACCAUGCCAGCAAGAGUACCAAGCAGGCCCUGAGGCUACGGCUCUUCCAGACUGAGGAAAAGAUUGAGCGGACCCAGCGGGACAUCCAGGGCAUCCAGGAGGCUCUAACCCGGAAUGCUGGCCGGCACAGUGUGGCAACAGCUCAACUGCAGGAGAAGCUGGCAGGAGCCCAGCGGAAGCUGGGUCAGCUCCGUGCUCAGGAGGCUGGCCUACAGCAGGAACAGCAGAAGGCAGACACUCAUAGGAAGAUGACGGAAUUCUAGCAACCAUACAUGGAUUGUGGCUAGAGCCCUGGGACCCAGCUCCUAACUACCUUGGCAAAAAGACUAGCAGUCACCCUGAUUUCUAGAAUCCCCUAGAAAGGGGCCAUCCCACUCUUAGGCUGGUCCUUGCCUCUGCUGAGUAGAGAUGGGACUGCAGUAACUUGUGGACUCUUGCCCACCUACCAGUAUUUUGGGUUAUCUCCUUAGUGAGGAUAUUAAAGUCAUUUUAUCACAA